CGGCUAAUCAAAACAAUGUUUGUCACUGCCCGGACAAGUUGGUUUAUUCCUUCUUUCUCAGGGACGUUUGCCCGCCAGGGUGUCUGUGUCGCCAGACCACACUACAGUGUCCUCUACAGACAUGCUGCUCCCAUGGGAACCACAGCUAAGGACGAGAUGAACAAGUUUUGGUCCAAAAAUGCCAGACUAAACAGACCAAUGUCUCCUCAUAUCACCAUCUACAAGUGGUCUGUUCCCAUGGCGAUGUCCAUCACAUUCAGAGGAACUGGAGUGGGGCUCAGUGGAGCUGUCUCAGCCUUUGCCGUGGCUGCGUUGGUAUUACCGGAAAGUUACCCCUACUACCUGGACUUGAUCCACUCGCUGUCCAUCGGCCCCUUUCUCAUUGGAUUGGCCAAGUUCGGCAUCGCCUUUCCGUUAUCUUACCACACCUUUAACGGCAUCCGUCACUUGAGUUGGGACCUUGGCAAGGGCUUCCGAAUCCCAGAACUCUACCGCACCGGCUACACAGUUAUUGGUCUGUCCAUCAUCACCUCCAUAGCCCUGCUUUUGAAAUGAGAGGAGGGAGUCAAAAGGGAUGUGGACUGGAUUCACUGUUUGGUUUUUGUGUGUACGUUCUGUCUUGGCCUACAACAGGCCCCAUUUCAUCAAAGUAUUAAAUAAAGGAUUAUAUUAUGCUGUACGCAGAAAA